AUGCUAGCAGUGGGAGCAGACGAGAAGAGAAGACCAGCAGUGGGAGCAGACGAGAAGAGAAGACCAGCAGUGGGAGCAGACGAGAAGAGAAGACCAGCAGUGGGAGCAGACGAGAAGAGAAGACCAGCAGUGGAGCAGAUGCUGGCAGGGAAGGCUAGCAGUGCAGAAGGAGGACUGGCAACCUGGGGGGGCAAAGGAUCAACACAAGAGGAGCAGCGGGAGGUGGAGCGGCGCCUUCAAGUGAGGCGCUUUGACCCCCUGGGGGGCAAAGGAUCAAGACAAGAGGAGCAGCGGGAGGUGGAGCGGCGCCUUCAAGUGAGGCGCUUUGACCCCCUGGGGGGCAAAGGAUCAACACAAGAGGAGCAGCGGGAGGUGGAGCGGCGCCUUCAAGUGAGGCGCUUUGACCCCCUGGGGGGCAAAGGAUCAACACACGAGGAGCAGCGGGAGGUGGAGCGGCGCCUUCAAGUGAGGCGCUUUGACCCCCUGGGGGGCAAAGGAUCAACACAAGAGGAGCAGCGGGAGGUGGAGCGGCGCCUUCAAGUGAGGCGCUUUGACCCCCUGGGGGGCAAAGGAUCAACACAAGAGGAGCAGCGGGAGGUGGAGCGGCGCCUUCAAGUGAGGCGCUUUGACCCCCUGGGGGGCAAAGGAUCAACACAAGAGGAGCAGCGGGAGGUGGUGCGGCGCCUUCAAGUGAGGCGCUUUGACCCCAUGGGGGGGCAAAGGGUCAACACACGAGGAGCAGCGGGAGGUGGAGCGGCGCCUUCAAGUGCAGCAAGAACCGGGGCAACACUUAGAGCGAAGCAACUGCUGGUGGGGCAGCAGCAGCUGGAAGGAGCAGCUUCAACUGAGGGCCAAGACACGAAGGCUCAACCCCCCCUCGGUACGUCGUCUCCUUCCAUUCCUGCAUGCUGUUUUCCCACUCGUACUAAUGUUCCUCGUUUGUCUGAUUUAGCAGAGCAGGAAGAGCAGAGGGGGAGCAGAGGGGGAGCAGAGGAGGAGGAGAGGAGGAGGAGAGGAGGAGGAGAGGAGGAGGAGAGGAGCAGAGGGGGAGCAAAGGAUCAGGAGAGGAGCAGCAGAGGAGAUGGGAGAAGAGGAGAUGGGAGCAGAGGAGAUGGGAGCAGCAGUGGAGUGACGGAGCAGAGGGGCCGAGGGAGCACAGGAGACGAAGGAGCGAGGAGCAGAGGGGAAGGAGGGGGGAUUCCCUGCCAGUGCCUGGGACGGAGAAGCAGAGGAGCAGCCGGGGAGAGGAGGCGAGGAGAACAGGAGGUGAAGGAGAAGAGGAGGCGAAGGAGUAGAGGAGGCGAAGGAGGCAAGGAGCAGCCGGGGAGAGGAGGCAAGGUGAAGGCGGAUUCUGUGCCGUUGCCACGGAGAUGCAUCGGAGGGGACGGAGCAGCGACAUCAGAGGCAAAGGAGCAGAGGAGGCGAAGGAGAAUCCCCUGCCACUGCCGACUUUCCCUUCCCAUUCCGCAGGAGAUGCAUGCGAGGAGAUGCAUGCAAGGAGAAGGAGAUGAAGCAGAGGUGGAGCAGAGGAGGUGGAGAAGCAGAGGAGUUGGCUCAGCUGAGGAGCAGCAGAGGAGGAGACGAGGAGCAAAGGAGCGAUGGAGCGAAGAAGCACCAGAGGAGACGGCGCAGCAGAGGAGACGGAGCAGCAGAGGAGAGGAAGGAGAGGCAAAGGAGAUGGAGAAGAGGAAGGAGAUGGAGCGUUGGAGAGACAUGGAGCAGAGGGCACGGAGGAGAAGGCACGGAAGGGGGAAGGCCAAAGGAGCAGAGGAGCAGAACCGCACAGCUGCGAUUCCCCCCAACGCUGCUGGCCGCACGGAGGAUGAUGGGACGGCAGCUGCUACCUUCCUCGCUCCUACCUCCCUCCCGCGUGCUGCUGCUGGUGCUCGAGCAGAAGAGAGGCCCGCAGUGACAUACUGGUUUCAGCAGCCGAGGCAGCAGAAGGGAAUGCAAGCAAUGGUAGGAGCAGUGGCAGCAGAAGGGAAUGCAAGCAGUGGCAGCAGCAGUGGCAGCAGAAGAGAAGGCCACCCUUCCUGUGUGCUACUGCAGAGGAGCAGAGGAGCAGCAGUGGGAGAAAAUGAUGCUGCCUCCCUCCCGUGUGCAGAAGAGAAGGCCACUGCAGGAGAGCAACAGUGCGAGCAGAAAGAGAAGGCCAGCAGUGACACCAGCAGUGGCAGCAGCAGUGGAGGGGGAGUGGUCCUGCACUGGAGGGGGAGUGGUGCUGCACUGGAGGGGGAGUGGUGCUGCACUGGAGGGGGAGUGGUGCUGCACUGGAGGGGGAGUGGUGCUGCAAUGGAGGGGGAGUGGUGCUGCAAUGGAGGGGGAGUGGUGCUGCACUGGAGGGGGAGUGGUGCUGCACUGGAGGGGGAGUGGUGCUGCACUGGAGGGGGAGUGGUGCUGCACUGGAGGGGGAGUGGUGCUGCACUGGAGGGGGAGUGGUGCUGCACUGGAGGGGGAGUGGUGCUGCACUGGAGGGGGAGUGGUGCUGCACUGGAGGGGGAGAUGAAGCAGCUGUGA